GUUAAAGUGAAAUAAUGAAGUUUAAUGACAAAAAAAACCAGAACGCAGGGAACAGGAUACCACAAGGGAACAGGACGACGAAGUAUGACGAGGAUCCGACAAACACACGGAGACACAGCUCGCUGUAGAUAGGAAAUUUAAGCCCACCUGUCCAGAGAUUCUCUACAGAGAUAGUGAAAAACGCAAAGUAUUUCCCAAAAUCCAUCUGGAUCAAGUGGAUCAGAACCAUGUGUAUUUGCAGCUUAAAAACAAGAUUGAGCGUGUUCCAGUGUCGAGGUGUAGCACUCACAGAAAUGUGAGGGCUUGUCUGUCGGCGCAGGAUCCCCUCUGUCUGUGGUGUGUCUCUGAAGACAGCUGUACAUUCGAGGACCACUGCACAGAUUCAGAGUGGAUGUCCGUCCCUGAUGAGGCUCAACAGGAAAUGAUUUCCCACCGAGUUGUGAAGGAUUCCAGUGGAAUGAUCAAAGUAUUGAUCCAGACACACCUGGCUGUGCAGCAGAAGGUUCAGUCUAACUUCACCUGUGAAUUCUCCUCAAAUUCUAGUCAGAUUUGUAGGCAACAGGGGCUUUCAGCACAGUUCCCUCGAUGCACAUGCAUCCUUAUCGACUCUCUUCUAACUGAUGUUCUGGAUGUCACCAUAAAGAUCAGCAUUGGGAAAUCUGAGCUGACAGAACAAAGAAAACUAAUCAACUGUUCAAGUAUUCAUGGACAACCAAGUCCUCAUCUGUGCCGACAGUGCUUCAGCUCUGGGUGCCAGUGGAUGGAGGACAGCUGUUCCUGGGCCAGUGAACUUACUCACAACACCCAGAAGGAUGUUUGCUUGGAGAUAGAAGCUGGGAUGAACAUUUCUAUACCAGAUGUCAUCUCUGUUACACCUAGUGUUGUGUCUCUGUAUGGGAAAAACCACGCUUUGUUGUCGGGUCAUAACCUGAACGACGUGAUCGGAGUGAGAAUCUCGACGCACAUGGACUGUAGUCCACAGGAAUCUCCUGUGUGGAACAACACUGGUGUCAGUUUGACCUUUCACAUCCCCACCACUGAAACUAGAAGAGUGGUCAAAAUGUGUGUUCUUCUGCCUGAUGGUAGUUGCCACGGAAACACUAAAAUCUCCUAUCAGUCGUCACCAGUCUGCACUGACAUAGUACCUCGGAGCAGCUGGAGGAGUGGGAAGAGGAAGGUCAAACUCAUUGGGACACACCUGGAGUUUGUGGAUGGGCUGAUGCAGAGCCACGCCCAGCAUCAAGUGUUGCUUCCCAGGAACCGCAGCAGUCAGGAGACUCUCACCUAUGAUACGCCUACAGCAGAAAACAGUCAGAUUUUCUGCAGCACCGUUUUUAUGAAAGUGGCCAAUCAAACAGUGGCCUGUUUGGUCAAACUAACGUACUAUCCUGAUCCCGAGUUUACUGGCUUCACUACGGAGAGGCUGGGAAAUGAUGCCCGCGUUGUUAUUCAUAAAAGUUCAGAUAAACUGGAGAUGACAGCAGCAGAGUUGUUGGUGUGGGGUGUUGAAGGUGAAAAACAAUAUCCCUGUAUCAAAGUCCUGGAAAACCAUAACAAAACAGACUCCUUUAUCUGUGACAUCCAAGGAGUUAACAAUACUAACUUCAGGGCUAUAAAGAUCAUAUAUGGUGACACAACUGUGUGGAUGCAGACUCUGACUUCAUUACAUCUGGGCCUUCUGAUUCUACAUUUUCUUCUCAAAUGCUCUAUUCUUACUGUGCUGGUGGUUUUCUGUCAGUGGCAAAAGAAACAAGCAAGUUCUGAUUACUGAUCAUUUCUCAGCCAAAGGAUCACUGAGAACAAGUACAGCCCAAGGAUUCUGAAUGUGUACAUCAUGAUCUUUGCUUUGUCUUUACAUUUUUAAACGCUACAGUGUCUUCUAGCAUCCUUCUGUAUCAUCCAAAUGAAUCCACCCUGAACCGUAAGUGAACUAAAUGGCUGAACAGAACACCUAGGUUGAACUGCCUUAAGAAAAGUCACUGAAAGCACUCGCUAUAAAAAUACAAAGACAACCUCCAGAAAGUCAUAGAUUAUAAUUUGUGUUACCAUGACAACUGACACAACUAUGCAUUACUGUCAACACAUGACCACUGUCUCUUUUAGUCAGUGUGUUGAUUUCGAUGAGUGGAUGGACCAGAACCUCCUCCAGUUUGAGAAAACAAAGUUGUCAUUAUUUGGGGUCAUGAAAAUAUGAGGUUAGAAAUCAAUACUCCGUUAGACAUUAUGAGGAUUAAAAUGAAAAAUUCUAGAAAUCUAUUUGUGCCUAUGUAGUUAAGUUUACUUUAAAAACUUUUUACUGUAUUGCCCAACUUAAAAAUAAUUGCUGGGGUUAGAGAUUUCCUGUCAAAUAUAACUGGUGAGUGUUUAAAUUUUUAUUAUGAAUUAUUUUAAUGUCUUUGAAGAUUCACAUAUCUGCAGCGCAUCCAGAAUGCUGCUGCCACAGUCCUGACCAAACACAGGAAACCAGAUCAUAUGACAUCUGAGUUAUUAAAUUACUGCACUGGCCCACUUCUUAGAAAAUUAUAUAUUUUUAAAGUGCAUUAUAGGAUUAGACUAGUCAGGAGUGAAAACAAUGACAGAAGUGGUAAAAAAAAAAAAAAUUGGUUUUAUUUUGGUGUUUUUAAUCUUAUAUUAGCUGUUCGUUUUUAAAAAAUAUAUAUUUUUGUAUAAUUCUUACAACUAUGUAUUUAUUGUACCACAUAUUUUAUUCUAGUUAAUCUUAAGUACUGCUCUUUUUUUAAAUACUGAAAAGUACUUAAAAUUCAUUUUAAGUACUUUUGUGUACACUUUGUGUAUGAAUGGUGGUAUUGGUGACCUGUCCAGAUGGGCACUAGCACCCCUGACCUGCAAAGACAAGCAUGUUGGCUAAUGGAUGGAUGGGAAAAUAAUGAAUAAUGGUAUAAAAAUAAACUUGCCUUGCAAA